AAGUGUGUACAAAGUUAAAAUAUGCCGCAGUGCCAUUAUGCACUGUAACAAAUAUAGGCAUAAAUCUCUUAAAUAAAUAUAUUUAAAAUAAGAACGCGUAUUAAUCCUGGAAAGAUAUUUAGCCAUAAUUUGAAAUUUCAGAGAAAGUGCUUCAGUUUUAAUGUGCGGCGCUCUUAUCUAGAUUGGUGACAGAUUCACUCACUGCAGUGGCAUCAAAAAAACACGACAAAGCAUCAUGCGGAGCGUCCAGAUCAGCUGUUUAUAUGGGAUUAUUAAAGACCGAGGUAUUCUGUAAAGUUCAGAGAAUGCUGAUGAGGAUGGUGAGAAGGAAGAGGAGGAGGGGAAUUGUCACAUCACUGAUUUCUGCAUAGACAGGGUGAAAAUCUCUGACUGACCAGUAGCCCAGUCAAUCCCAGCGGUGAGACCUCAUGGACCACAGAGCUCAGAGAGACAAGAACAGGGCCAGCUACUUUGGAAAUGUUAAGAACAGAUUGGGAUCAAAGUUACCGGCUGGAAUUACACAGCCCCCAGGCUUCAUUACGGCUCCAUGUUCUAUUGGAGCUCAGGGUGCACUGGGAAAGAGUGCCGGACAUCACCAAAUUCGAAACCCUAAACUAAGACAAUACUAUCUAAAAGAGGCAGCAUUCCCAACCAAGAAUUUGGAGUCAUGCAGAAACCACGAACAUGGGAUACCUAAGAACAAGGCCUCAUCGUCUACAGAAAUGGCUUCUGAGACAGGCCCAAGACAAGAGCACAGCCUUGAUCCUACUGCGGGAACUGCAACUCUUGUGUCCCCUUCAACAGAUGCGGAAUAUGACAAGCUGACGGAUGUGGAGGCAGUGCCUUUACCUGAUGGAAAGGUGUGUCUGUUGGCUCUCCCAUUUGAAUGUUCUCAAGGGGAGGGGCCAGAAGUCAUGUCUUGCCUAAAACUAUUUUCUCGUUACAUCACAGAUAGAAAGGGUGUGGUCUCUGGGAUAUUGCUGGUGACACCCAAUAAGAUCUUCUUUGACCCUCAGAAGUGUCACCCACUUGUGCAGGAGAAUGGCUGCGAGGAGUAUGUGUUCUCCUGUUCUGUGGAUGAUCUCACGUCAGUAUGCUUCUACACGGACAUCUCUCACGUUCACUUCAACAAGACCUCACACAGAUUUAACAUUUGUAAGCCAUCAAAGAGCAAAAAGCAUAGCCAGAGCCAAAAGCAAACCAAGUGCAGCUCCCAUCAGUCUGCUCUGGAGUCCUCUGUUUCCCAUGAUUUGCCAGCAACUCUUAGUGCGUGUGCUGAGGAAGAGGAUGAGGAAGGUGGAGAGAGUGGGGACAUGGCUGAGACUGAGAGACAGCUGACUUUGGAGUCUGGAGGAAUACUAACUGUGGCUGCAGAUAACUUCUGUUGUGGAGGACCAGACAGCGUUCACAGAAGAAACACUGAAUAUGAACACACAGACAGAACCAAACACCAGUCAUGUUUACAUAGACAGUUGUUAGGCCCCGGUACUACUACAUCAAGAAGUGGUAUAGCCGGAUCUCUGAUGUUUGUGAAAAUUCGCCAGAAACAGCAGCAUGUGAAGAGAAGGCCUUUCUCUAAACUUAAAAUCCCUUCUAGAGACGCCUGGUUCACCAUGCAGCAAGACAGUUCAGACAAGCUGUAUGCUUACCUGAGCCAGCAUCGGCCAGACCUUUGCAUUCUGGAGGGAGGUGAGGACGAAGAAGCAGAGCAGGAUGAAGAGGAUUUUGUGCUCCUGGAUGAGGAGGAGCAGAAGGAAGAGGAGGGGUCUCCAAGAGAAGGCCGGGCGGAGGAUUGGGAGUUGGUGUCUGUGGAGGAGAGUGGGUUGAGAGCUUCUGUCUCCACUGAACCAGAUAGUCUGAGUCACAUACUGAACCAGAGUGUCAUACUGGAUGCCCAACAAGUCAAAGAGAUCUCUCGAGAGCUGCCUCCACGAACAAUCGGACACAAAUGGCAGCUGUCGUACAGCACUGACAAACAUGGGGCCAGUCUCAAGACUCUCUAUAGGAAACUCUGCACCACAGACUCACCUGUGCUGAUUCUCAUUAAGGAUUAUAAUAAGCAGGUUUUUGGGACCUUCCUCUCACAUCCACUGCAUCCUAGUGAUGCCUUUUAUGGCACUGGAGAGACCUUCUUGUUUCUGUCUCACCCUCGCUUUAAGUGUUUCCGCUGGACUGGAGAGAACUCUUUCUUCAUCAAAGGAGACUUGGACUCUUUUGCCAUUGGAGGAGGAAGUGGUCACUUUGGUCUGUGGGUGGACGAGAGGUUAUAUUUUGGGAGAAGCAAUCCCUGUUUCACCUUUAAUAACUGCAGCCUGUCUGAGACCAACGACUUCACAAUUCUGGAGUUGGAGGCCUGGACAUUCGGAUGACACAAAUGCUGUAAAUAAUUCAAAAACAUCAUGGUUUAGUAGUGGACAAUAUGGCCAUUAAGAAUGAAGGGAAAGAAACUGUACAGACACUUUAAUAGUGAAUAUUCUGCCUGAAGGUUUGUCAAGGGAAGAGUUUUAUGUAGAUGGUUGGAAGCUCACUGUACUUAUCAUCUUACCACCAUGAUGAAGAAAAUCUUCUGUUUGUCUUGUGAUUAAGAUGCUGCUGGGUCUAGUCCAGUGGUGCAGCCCACAUAUUCAGGAUGAAUGCACUUGCCUCCCAUACAAGGAAUUAUGCUGUUUUGUGCUAAAUUCUGGGACAGUGUGGGAGACAAGCUGUCCAAAUGACAGGAUAUUAUGUUUACUCUUCUAAGCUUCACAUGUGUUUGUACUAGUGGGAUUGUCUGUGGUACCAUAGUGCCAUCUGAUGGUACUUAUCAUUACUGCAGCUCUGGUUAAAGUGUGAACUUUUUCUGUCCUUGUAAUACAUUUUAGCCUUGCCUGCUGUUAGUAAGUGCAGCAUCAGCUCUAUUUAGUCUCAUAAACACUGGUAGUUGCAAUAGUUUAUACCCACAGCUGCACUUUUACACAUUGAAAAAGUUUCUCAUCACUCCAAAACCAAAUAAAGACUGAAAUGACUUUUGGGCUGAAUACCACACACAUAAAUCACAUAAACACACCAACCCCAGAGUUGCAUGUUGAUGUCAGAGAGACUUGUGUGUCACAUAAUUUUUUUUCUUAGACAUCCACAUAAAGUUUUAAGUAACCCUGUGGAUGGGUACUUAACCUGUAGGUUUACCUUUUACUGAUAAUAUCUAUUAAAUUAGUAAUAAUUUAACAUCAUUCACAAAGUUACCUGUGCUAAACAGUUAAAAAAAAUCUGCAUUUAAACUAUACAGUCAUACGAGACCAAUGCAAUAUUUUAUACAUGUGAAAAUUGUCACUGUCAAAUCUUCAAGUGUUCAUUAACUCCUAUUAAAUAUCAGAUCAAUAAAAAUAACACUUCA